GACAGUAAGAGCUAUCUUCUAGUUUUUUGCAUGAUCUCUUGCCUACCACAAUUAGAAGUAAUCCGGUUACUUUACUCUUGCAGCUCAAAGUCGGUGGUUCAAACAUUCAAUAAGCGACGUUUGCAACCUAUUGGCGACUAUAGACUCUUGCGAUAGUUUCAAAGCUAUGCUACGACUUCUAGAACGACAGAGAGACUUCUGGUACCUGCCAGGCCUCGUAAGAACCACUGCAAACGCUCAGAACAAGGGCAAAGAGCGAGGCCCUUGCGGCCUAAGAGCGAGACGACUAGUAUAGUGCUGAGUCAGCAUGCCUGCACAUGAGAUCCAGCCACGUGCUCACAGGAUCUAGGAAGAAGAAGUUCACCUUCACUGCACUUGAGAUGCUUGAGAAUGGAAACUAAUAGCCUAAAUAGGUUCUGUUUACCUGGCCUCGGAAAGAGAUGUUCCCCUCUCCGUGAUAGAGUGUUUUCGUUUGAUUCUGAUCCCAUGCGUACGCCUCAGUAUAAGAAAGUACGAGCAUGCAGGCUGGAAAAAUAUCGCCCCUGGAGCAAGCGAAGCAUGGAACGAGCUCUCGAUGCGGUUAUUCACAAAGGGGUUGCUGUCUCCAGAGCUGCCGCUGACUAUGGUAUACCAAAGACAACUCUAUAUGACAAUGCCACAGGAAGAGUUUUGCCAGGGAGCAGGAGUGGACCAAAGACAUAUUUCACGGUCGAAGAAGAGGCUCUGUUAGUGUGUUUCCUCAUCAAGUCAGCCGAAAUUGGGUAUCCUUUCACCAGAUUACAGGUUUUGUCUUUAGUUGAAACAAUGUUGAUCCGAAAAAACAAAGAAAAGACUGGUGCCUCUUCUGUUACGCAUGGUUGGUGGGCUAGAUUUUGUAAGCGACAUCCUGAAGUCUCUUUAAAGAUAUCCUCUUGUCUGUCAGUGGCUAGAGUCAAGGCAUCUUCCGCUGAGACACUCUCCGAAUAUUUUGGUGGUGCUACAAACAAGGCCCUCAGAAAUAAGACAGGUUCUUCCCGCGGCAGAGUGAAACGUGGACGUGGACGUGGUGGUAGUGGUGUGAACACAAGAGCUCGUGUGACAAACCCACCCGACCUAAACACUAGGGAUGGUCAUGAGGCCUACACAGUUUCCUCCCCAGCUGAUUCAGCAAGUUCAGCAAGCACGGAUGUUGAAGACGAUAAGGGUGGUGCUACAAACAAGGCCCUCAGGAAUAAGACAGGUUCUUUCCGCGGCAGAGCGAAACGUAGACGUGGACGUAGUAGUGGUGCGACCACAAGAGCUCGUGUGACAAACCCACCGGACCUAAACACUAGGGAUGGUCUUAAGGCCUACACAGUUUCCUCCCCAGCUGAUUCAGCAAGCAUGGAUGUUGAACAGAAUAAAGGUUGUGCUACAAACAAGGCCCUCAGGAAUAAGACAGGUUCUUCCCGCGGCAGAGCGAAGCGUGGACGUGGACGUGGUGGUAGUAGUGGUGCGACCACAAGAGCUCGUGUGACAAACCCACCGGACCUAAACACUAGGGAUGGUCAUGAGGCCUACACAGUUUCCUCCCCAGGUCAGUUGAAAUCUGAUUCAGCAAGUUCAGCAAGCACGGAUGUUGAAGAGGAUAAAGGUGCUACAAACAAGGUCUUCAGGAAUAAGACAGGUUCUUCCCGCGGCAGAACAAAACGUGGAUGUGGAAAAUUAUAAAGUGUUGAUGAUUAUUUUUAUGUGUUGAUUAUUAUUAAUUUUUGGCUGUAAAAGUGUUACUAUUA